UUUAUGAUGUGUGAUUAAUGUUUAUUUAAAAUGAAUAUUUUGUUAUUGUUUUGUUUCAUUUUUUCACCCAUUCAUGGGCUUCAUUUAACUCCAAUAGUUAAUUUGACUAGUGGUCCUAUCCAAGGUAAAGUUACUGAAUAUGAAUGGCUUGGUGUUUACCAGUUUCUCGGUAUUCCUUAUGCAAAGCCACCGGUUGGUAAGUUGAGGUUACAGUUACCAGUUAAACCAGACCCGUGGACUGAGGUUAAAUCAGCGACUGACUUUGGUCCAGCUUGUCUCCAACCAGGAAAUCCAAUUACAAAUAUGCCUUAUGCGGGAAAAACUGGUGAAGACUGUCUUUAUCUUAAUAUCUAUGUUACUGAAUCAACUUUUAAUAACUCAUCAAACAAACUACGACCAGUACUAUUCUGGAUUCAUGGUGGGGCUUUAACAUCAGGAUCUGGCAAUGCAGACGCUGAAGGAAUUCCAAUGGUCCCGUUACAUGAUAUUAUAUUUGUUACUAUUAAUUACCGUCUUAAUGCAUUCGGUUUCAUCUACUUCGGAGUCAAUCAGCCUCGAAUUCCUCAAAAUAUUGGUUUUAAAGAUCAACUAUUUGCUUUGAAAUGGGUUCAUGAAAAUAUUCAAAUGUUUGGUGGUGAUCCGAAUAGUGUGACAAUUUCUGGUGAAUCUGCUGGAUCUUGGUCAGUUUCUGCUCACCUGUUGUCCCCACUUUCCAAAGGACUCUUCAAACGAGCCAUACUUGAGUCAGGAACAGUUUACAUUAACCAUGAUUUAGAUACAUUGAUUACUGAUUCUUGGAAGCUUUACAACAAAACAUCAUGUUCAAAUUCGGAA